GCUUUCACCGAGUACGGCGCGUACUGGCGGCACGCGAGGAAACUGUGCGUUAAUCAUCUCAUGAACCAUAGCAAGCUGGACGCGUACGAAUCCGUCAGGAGCGAAGAGAUUGGGAGGUUCGUCGAGGGUUUGAAGAUUGCAUGCGCUGACCGACAAGUUGUUGAUGUCACCAACAAGGUGAGAUCUCUUGUAGCGGACAUCGUGUGCAGAACCGUGAUGGGUAGAAAAUGCAUGGAGGAGCGCAUGGACGGGGCGAAAUUCAGCGAACACAUUCGCGAAGUGAUGAGAAUCCUUGGAUCAUUCAACCUCAACGACUAUCUUCCCAUGUUCAAAAUGUUCGACCUCCAAGGGAUGAGAAAGCAAACGAGGGCGGUAAAAGUACCAAUCGAUAAAUUCCUAGAGACGAUCAUCGACGAGCAUGUCAGUCUUAGGGAGCGUGGAAAGAAGCCGAACGAUUUCGUCGACAUGUUGUUGGAUUCGGCGGAUGACCCUGACUCGGAGAUUAGGCUUGAUCGAGCUAGCAUCAAAGCAAUCAUCCUGGAUGUAUUUGAAGGGUCACUGGACACGUCACCAGUCGCCAUCGAAUGGGCCUUUGUGGAGCUCCUAAGACACCCGGAGACGAUGAAAAAGCUCAGAGAAGAGAUCAGGACCGUCGUGGGUAUGAAUCGACGCGUAAAAGAAUCAGACCUCUCGAGACUCACCUACCUACAGAUGGUCGUCAAGGAAUCGUUCAGGCUCCAUCAACCGAUCCCCUUUCUCCUGCAUCACAACAAAAAGGAGUCCACGCUCGGAAACUACAAAAUCCCUGCGGGGUCGAACGUCAUGAUAUGCAUAUGGGCCAUGUCGAGGGACCCCAAACUGUGGAGCAACGCGGAGGAGUUUGUACCCGAGAGGUUCGAAAACGACGACGUGGACGUCACGGGGCACGAUUACAGGCUGCUUCCCUUCGGGUCAGGGCGAAGAGGGUGCCCCGGGAUGGUAUUCGGGAUGUUGGUGGUGCCGUUGAUCUUGGCGCAGCUGGUGCAUUGUUUCGACUGGGAGCUCCCGGGGGGGACGCCGCCUUCGGAGCUGAACAUGGAGGAGAAGUUCGGGAUCGCGAUGCCCAGGGUCGAGCAUCUCCGUGCCGUUCCCACUACUUAUCGUCUACGUGAUCAAUAAAUAUAUAUGCAAGGCGUAGAAGGAUGUGUGUAUGUGUAUCCAGUAAUAAAUGCACGCGCAUG